UAUAUAUCUUAUACAAAGCAAGAUUUGAGUCUGAAUGGACUUAGACUUUGCAUUCGCCCAAGAUUUCUCGCACAAACACAAGUUUACAAGGAAAAAAUUCACGAGUUGGAAACGAAAAUAAAGGAUCUUUCAUCGGGAAAACACGUCGCUGACGAGAGCAAUGAGCAGCUGAACGAAAAACUUGUCGAACAGUCAAAAGUUUUUGAGACCCAAAUAUCAGAGACACAAGACGAGAUACAACGUCUGCAGGAAAAUAUCCAAUAUCUGAAGAAGCAAAAUGAGACACUGCAGGCGGAACUGGUGGAAAAGGAUCAAUCUUUGGAAAAAUUCUCUCUCUCGGAAUGUGGCAUAGAAAAUCUACGCAAAGAGUUGGCUAUGGUCAAGGAGGAGUCGGAGAAAGAACGCGCACAACUUCAAACUGACUUUGGACUAAAACUUGAGGAAAAAUCUCAAGAGAUUCAAAAUUUGCUGGAACAAAUGAAGAAUCUCAAAUCCUCAGUAAGUAGUGUGGAAAGUGAACGUGCCCAUCUGGAGGAUGAAUGUCGCAUACUGCGUGAGGAGUGUAAAUCACGAGAUACACAGGUGGCCGAUGUUUCGGCCCAAUUAGCCAAGUUACAUGCAGAGUUGUCAAUCAAGACUGCGGAGUGUGCAACACUCGAUGAGCUCGUUAAAGCCCAACAAAUGGGAAGCAGCGAGGAGAAGAAUAAACUUGAGGAAAAGACAAUGGAAGUAACGAAGCUGAAGCAAGAAGUUGCCACGCUACAGGAAGUUAAAAUCGCACUGGAGUCAAAUUUGCAGACAGCUACCGAUGAGCUCAAGAAGCUGGCGCAAAUACAAAGUAGUAUCGAGGACAAGCUUAAGGAAGCACUUGCCGAGGAUGAAUCCAAGAAAACUGCCAUGGAUGCUUUGGAGAACACCAUGAAAGAUUUACGCCAAGAAUGUGAGAAAUUAGUAGCAGAGAAUCAACAACUGCAGACCCAAAUAAAAACGCUUUCUUCUGAUUUCGAUAAAGAAAAGUCGGUCAACGAGUCAUAUGUCAGCCAAAUGUCUGAGAAAGAAAACCUUCUAGCCGAUAUCAAGACCUCUCUUGCAACCGCCCAAGAAACAAUUGCAAAAUUACAAAAUGAUUUGGAACAGGCUCAUAAAAGCAAUGAGUUGGUGGUGGCGGCCAAAAACCAAGAGAUAACAGAACUGAAAGGAGAGAUAGAAAAAUUCCAAAACAAAGUUACCUCUUUGGCUGGCGAGUCGUCGGUGGUCGUACAGCAACUCAGUGCCAAAAUAACCAACAUUGAAAGCCAAAAUAAAAGACUAGAAGAAGAUUUAAAGAACUCCAACAUCACUAUCGAGGACCAGCGCUUAAAAUCAAUUCAAAAGGAUGAACUGAUUGCUUCCAAGUUAUCCGAACUUAAAUCCACAACAACUGCCUUGGAAACUUCCACACAACUUUUGGAGAAACUCAAAAGCGAACAUGAAACAGUGCUAAACCGCAAACAUGAGUUGGAGGACGAGCUAAAGAAGAGUGAAGAACGCUAUGCCCAACAACAACUGGAUUUGGGCGACCUCAAGCGCAAAUUGGAGAGUGCGAAUAGUAAAUGCGAAGCCCUCGACCAGCAGAAUGAGACACUGCAGCAGGAGAUUAUUGCAGUGAGAUCUUCGAACACCUCGGUUCACAACGAAGUCAAGAAAUUGAAUGAUGAAGUUCAGCAGAAGCAAAAUGAAAUUGCCACAUUGAGUAGUUCAGCUAAUGAGGAGCGCAUCCGUUUGACGGGACAGAUUGAGGAAUUACAACAGAAGCUUACCAAUAGCAUUAAAGAUUAUACCGACCUAAAAGAGUCGCUGCACAAGUCGAAAGAGGAAAUCAACAAAAAAUCCCAACAAAUCACCGAGCUGGAGGAGAAGAACAUCAAACAGGAACUCCUGCUGAGUGACCAACAGCGCCAACAAGAAAAUCUGCAAAGCAAAUUCGAUUCACUCGUGAAACAAAAUGAAUCACUACAGGCUGACCUUACUUCGCUGCGAACAUCGACUACAGACUCGAACACAGAACUCAUGAAACUAUCGCAAGACUUGGUCAGCAAACAAAAGGCUUUGGAUGAACUUGUCGAUAAGUCAAGCACAGAACGCGCCGCACUCGAAAGCCAACUACAGGCCAGUCAACAGAGAAUCGAUGGCAUGUGUAGCCAAGUGGAGACCUUGACCCAAGAACUCAAGAAUGUGACCGAAGAAAGCUUCAGUCGUUACGAACAACUCAAACAGGCCGAGGAAAAAUGCGGCAAACAGGAGUUGGAUAUGGGUGAUCUGCAACGCAAACUUGAUAGUUUUGUGAACAAGUGCGAAAGUCUCGAAGAACAAAACAAAGCUUUGCAAAACGAUCUGGCGGCGUUACGCCAAGGAUCCGCAGGAUCGAAUGCCGAAAUCGUAAAACUUACCGAGGAAUUGUCACAGCGGCAGAAACAACUUCAGGAGCUCACCGAUAAGGCCAACAACGAGCGUCUAUCUGCAGAGUCCCAACUGCAAGAGGCUAAACAAAGUAUAGAAAGUCAGCAGCAUGAACUGGAGACUCUUCGAAGUCAACUAAAUACCUUAGAAAUCGCCAAAAAGGAACAGAGUGAAGCUUUUGAAAAUGCUAAAAAGGAAUUGGAGGCAAAGUGUCAAGCCGAAAUUAGGGAACUUAAGGAGGCGGAAGGGGCAAAACAAAGAUCUAUCAUUGAGAGCUUUGAGGCUCAACUGAAAAACUCCGAACAAUCAAAAUCAACAUUGGAUGAAGCAAUUUCCAGUCUUCAGAAACAAAUACAGCUGCUACAAGAUGAGUUGCUCAAGUCACAGUUGGAUUUCAAGGCCAAAGAGGGUGAUAUGCAGAAGCAAAUUGCAGCCCUUAAAAUCGAAAAGGACCAACUGUAUUCGAACUUACAGAAGGCGCAAAAUGAUGGCUCCUCGGCCGUUAGUGAUUUACAGCAGGAGAAUACAAGACUUUUGCAGAGCAUAGAGAAACUAACGCAAGAUCUAAAAGACAAGGAUUCGCUGGUUAUCAAAGCUACCAGCGAGGCGGAGCAAUUGCGCAUUCUGCAAUCGAAUACAAAGUCCGAACUAGACUUGGAAUUGCAAAAACUUCGCAAUGCCCUGGAACUGUCCUCCUCCGAAUCGGAACACAAGGCCAAAAUUGUGGAAGAUAGCAACAGAAAGAUAGAAGAACUCAAGUCCAUGAUCGCGUCUUUGAAGACAUCCAAUGAAAACAUAUCCGCCACAAACGCCCAACUAGCCGAAGCACUGGAAAUUCUCGAACAAGAGAAAUGUGAAACCGCCCAUAUAUUUGAAAUAUUCGAAAUGGAAUCUGAUCAAAAUGUUGAAAAACUCAUCGAGAAAUUAUCCCAUUUAAAAGAAGAACUUGCCACUACCCAGCAACAGCUACGCACAAAGCAGGACGAACUACGGGAGAAGGAAGAACAUUUAGCUACAAGCAAUUUGACACUGCAACAAACUCAAACAUCACUUAACGAGGCACAAACAAAUGUACUCCAAACGUCGACUCAACUCAAUGAGUUGCAACAAGCCAAUGCAGAGCUAAAGAAGCUGCACUCGGAUAUGGAGGAGAAGCUGAAACAACAAAAGGAAUUUGAACAACAGCUCGAAGAGUAUAAGAAGAUAAUCGACGAAAUGGAUGACACAUCAACUGAGAAAAAUGAUCAACUGCAACAGUUACAAGCACAAAUUGUCCAAUUGCGGGAGGAACAGUCGAAGGCUGUGGAAAGAGAACAAAAUCUCCAUACCGAAUGUGCCACCUUACAACGAAAAUUGGAAGUAACCGAAAUGGAAAAGACCAAGGAGAUAGUAGCUCUGAAGCAGCGUAUUAGUGAUCUACAGUCCAUUGGCAAUCUGAAGCAAAAUGGUAGCGGAUUAAGUUCCGUUCAGGGGGAUACUGAAAAUGGCGACAGUGCAGCUCAAAUAAGUUUUCUAAACUCCAUCAUAGCUGAUAUGCAGAAGAAAAAUGAUACACUAAAGGCCAAGAUUGAAGCAUUAGAAGCAUUGCCAAUGGACUACACCAAACCACAUGCAUUCGACCUGAUAGCCAAGCGUAAACCGGCGCCCCGUGUAUUUUGUGAUAUUUGCGAUGAAUUUGACAAACAUGAAACCGAAGAUUGUCCGCUACAGGCUUCUGAUGAUAGGCCCUACACACCUCCACCAAGGGCAGAGAGAAACAACAAUGAGCCGAAAGAAAGAAAAUUGCCCGAACCAAGAAAGUAUUGCGAAUCAUGCGAAGUUUUCGGACACGAAACCGGCGAAUGUGAUGAUGAAUGUUACUAGUAUAGUCUUUAUUUUAAUAUAACUGCAUGUAUCUAGUUUAAUAUUUAUGAAAACUCCUUUACAAUCAAUGUCUCCAACCGAUUCUAAAGACAAACAUCCAAACUAAGAGAUGUAAUUGUGAUUUUAUGUAAAAUCUUUUGAUGUUUGUCACACAUUUUGUGCUUUUGUUUUUAUGUUUUUAAUUUCAUUUGUUCUUUCGUUUUAGUUUGUACAAUUAACAAUAAAUGUUAUAAAUUCAGUUCUGUUUUGUUGAUGUGCAUCAUUUCUAAAUUAUAAACUAUUUUGAUUAAGAACAAUUAUUAGAAAAAUAUCAAAUUCAAAACUACUAAUAAAUAAAUUCUUUUUCAACUCAUGGGAA